AGCAGCCCCGGUACCGUGGCUCGCGUGGCUCGCGUUAGUUUGGGGCCCAGCUCCCUGGGAUUUCUAUUGCGACCUCGUCUCCUUGACAAAUUACGAGUUUUACAUGCCGUAAUUGUGACUGUCACUGAGUUGACGCCUGACGAUGGAUGGCCGAUAGUAACUUUGACGCACCGAUACACGGACUGCCGCCGCCCACCAACUGAAUGGAUGAGACACUGCGGUCGCCGUCUGAUCCCGCCUCUCCGAACAUGGCCUCGGCUCGCCGCUGGGCGCGAAAGAUCGAGCGCUCGUGCUGUACCUGUGCCAAGUACUUCCCGCUCGCCCUCGUCUACGGCCUCACCACCUGGGCAGUCUUCGUGCUGGUCACUCUCUGCUCCAGCCCGACCAAGGUGGCCUGGCUUGGCAAGCCGACUGCGCUCGCCGGCGUUGCCCUCUACCUCAUGCUCAACUGGUGUUACACCACCGCCGUCUUCACGCCUCCCGGUAGCACCACGAACGAUCAUGGCUACAGCACGCUCCCGACCCACGCCGCGCCGGCCGCCACCUCCUUCACCGUCAAGUCCAACGGCGAGCUGCGCUUCUGCAAGAAGUGCCAGGCCCGCAAGCCCGACCGCGCGCACCACUGCUCCACUUGCCGCCGCUGUGUGCUCAAGAUGGACCACCACUGUCCCUGGCUAGCCACCUGCGUCGGCCUGCGCAACCACAAGGCCUUCCUGCUCUUCCUCAUCUACACCACCUUCUUCAGCCUAUUCUGUUUCGCCGCGUCGGGCGCCUGGGUCUGGGAGGAGGUCUUCGUCGCCAAUGCCACCUACGUCGAGACGCUCAUGCCCGUGAACUACAUCAUGUUGGCCGUCAUCGCUGGCAUCAUCGGCAUAGUCAUUGGUGCCUUCUGUGGCUGGCACAUCUACCUGGCCACCAAGGGUCAAACGACGAUUGAGUGCCUGGAAAAGACGCGCUAUCUCUCCCCGCUGCGUCGCUCCAUGCACCAGACCUACAUCAACCAGCACACCCCCGGCCAGGGGGUGCACUUGCCAUCCUACGGCCAACAGCUCCUCGAUAUCCACCAGAACGCCAUCCCGGGCGUCACCCGGCCGGAAGAGGGCGAGGAACUCCGGCCCGAACCCUCUUUUUCGCAACGGUAUCAUGACCUCGAGUCCGGUCCGUCCUCCCCUCUGUCCAGAGGACCGCAGCUGCAAGCCGGUUCGCGCCGCUUCACCUACGAUGAGAUGGAGCGCUACCGAGCCAGAAAGCGCUACGAGGAAUACUUGGACGAGCAGGACUCGACCAAGCUGCCUAACGCAUUCGACCUCGGGCCCAAGCGCAACCUGCUGCAUCUGUUCGGGCCCAACCCAUGGCUAUGGGUUAUUCCCGUGUGCAACACCACGGGCGACGGGUGGACCUGGGAGCCCAAUCCGAAGUGGAUCGAAGCGAGGGAUAAGCUGGCCAAGGAGAGGUGGGAGCAGGUCCAGCGCGAGAGAGCGGCUGGGUGGGGUGCGGAUGAGGAUGAGGACGAUGACAUAACCCCAACCAUCUCUGUGUCUACGCCUGAGGGCGGCGCGGGGAGGCAUUACCGCCAACCGUCUCAACCUCGACCUCACCCCCGUCCACAUCAACCGCUAAUCAACGGCACCAGAAAUGCGCCUAGCCUAUCACCUCUUCCCUCCCCAGGCGUCGCGGGGGCACGGAAAACACCAAGCAAAGCCGACCGCAUCCUAGGCCGCGAUCCGAACCUGUACGCCGACGGUGUUUCGGGGCAGGGGUCGAGUGAGUCGGUAUCCCUGAAGCGACUCAGCCCGGUCGGGAGGACGAUUGAGGAUGAAUUGGACGACAUUGAUAAUGAUCUCGAAGAUAACGACCGUCACGAAGCCGAAAGACAGCAGCAGCAAACGCAACAGCAGCAGCAGCGAGAUGAGGCGGAAAGGAGAGCGUUGAACGUGGUGACCAACGGACGCUGGGGGAGGAGCAGUCCCAACCCUGCGCGUGUUGGGGGCGCCAGCACCUUGUUGCGGGGACCAGGGUCGCCUGGGCUUCUCGGAGGUUCCGCCGCCGGUGAUCCUGGGAAAGGAGGUGGACCCUCUCGAGACGGUCUUGAUGAUGAUGAUGGGGUGGAUUGAGUACCUUAAUAAUCUAGUGUAUACACGAAUGCCGUCUUUCCCCCGUCUUGUACUAGCAUAUUCGGGCGUCUGCACCAGAGAUAUAUGUGCUAUCUCUACCUAGGUAUACAUAGAUUUAUGGCACUUGUCUACUAGUUAAAUCCCCCUACUUGCUUGCA